AUUGACAACUUGGCAACGCCAUCAACCACGGACUCGAGCUUUUACAGUGGACAAGACUCCACUAAUAAAUUCUUCACCAAUCCACACAAAUGGUGUAGAUCACAUCACAACACAACGGUAAUCGACAACGGCGGAGCUGGUUGGUUAAUCCCCCCGAAUGGCGCAACAAACUCCAAGAUGCCAACUGCGUAAGCAGGAUUUGUUAAUUCCCUCCGCAACGACCAACACUUCAUCGGCGCAUUUAUCACGUGACGACUGAAAACAGCUCAUCAGUCGAUUCUCCAAGCCGUGAAAUCACGCACUUCGUUGCAAUCGGGUCCUUUUCCUUCAUUCAUCAUAAAAUCAAGUCAGACACACAAAACGAAGAUUUUGAGGCCAUGGCUUCCAGAGCCUUUUUCGACCCAGUCGUUGCACUGCGGGCGGCGCCCCUGCUUACGUCCACCUGCUCGCUUUGGUUUGCGUGGGACCAGCACUUCUUCCUGCAUCUCUUCAACAAGCCCGAGAUCCGAAGCAAAUCUAACGAGCUGCUGCCCACGUACUUUGGCUACUUUUUCCGCGGAGGAGUGACUCGCGUCCUGGUUCUGCUCUCCUUGACAGUGUCAUCCACGCUCGCAACCUGCUUGGUCAACCAUGACUCGCAUUGGGCCAAUGGGUCUCUGCGCUGGUACACGGCCGGCAUGGUUUUGGCCGCCAGCCAUCUGGCAUUCGUCCCUGCCAUAGCCCCCAAAGUGCAGGCCGUGAUUGAGGACACUUCCAAGGGACAGAGCACCAACGAUUUGGACAGCUGGCUAACGAUUCACGCCUGGAGAGGCUUGACUGUGGACUUGGCGGCAUGGGCUUGCUUCGUUGUUGCUACUGUGCGCAACAUCCAGUCGUCGUGAAAAAAGUUGGACAUGUUCCAUGCCCAUGAUUACGCGUUAUCAAGCUCAAGCAUCGGCGAUCAAUUGUCAGUCGAAGACCUAGAUGG